CAGGGAAGUCCUUCCUGGUCAUUCCUGAGCAAGCUUUUGAAAUGAUACCCAACCCUGCCCAAGUGACUUUAGCCUCAAACCAAAGGACAAUCAACAUAGUCGAGGAGACUCUCACCAAAGUGCUCAUCAGUAAAUGUGCAAAAGUCAACAAUUGUGACAGCAUCAACAUCAAUGUAUACACAGAAAAACAAAACCAAUAAGUUAUUCAUAUUACUGGAAUAUAUAUUUAUACAACUUUUUCCAGAAAUUAUGUUUGUCAUUCUUAAGGUCCAACUUGAUUGUAAAUUAACCCUAUUUUCUUCAUUGCUUAGAAUUAUUGGUAAAUAGUACAAUAAUUUCCUGUAAAAUUUGUCCAGUAGAGUAGAUAGUCAUUUUAUAUAGUUCUAUCAGCUUAUUUUAAGUCUGGCUCAAAGUCACAGAAAACCUUUAUUUUUUUCAUACUUAAAAGAAGUCUGGAGGUACAGAGUUCAGGACUAUAUGAUAAUUUUAUGAUUUGCAAUGAAUUGGAGCCCUUUUAUCUUGCUAUGCUACCAUCCUUGGCAUGCCACUUCAUGGCCCAAAAGGGCUGCUCCAGCUCCAGCCAUCAAAUCUGUAUUCCAGUCAGAAGGGAAAAACAAGGAGUAGAAAAGAGCAUAUCCCCUUCCCAUAAUGAUUCCUCAUAGAAAUUUCACCCAACACUUGAGUUUACCUCUUUUUUUUUUUUUUUUUUUGUCCUAUGGCUUACCUAGCUAUAAGGGAGGCCAGGAAAUGACAUAUUUAUUCCAGAAACUUGUGUCCAACUAAAAACCAACCAUUCUAUUACUAAAGGAAUGGAGAGAAUGGAUAUUGGGACAGACAACUAAGUAUCUGUCAAAUGUUUUUUUAAAGAUUCACUGUGCUAGUUUUUGAGGUUUAAUGGGGGCAGGUAGGAAGGAAUAGGAACUUAAGGCACCAUUUUAUCAUUGUUUAGCAUUUUGUUUAGAGCUGAAAGCUUGCUUCCUCACAAUUAGCUAUUUAGACUGGGUGCUAAAAAGCCACCCUCUACACACCACAAAAAUGGGCUCAACAGGCUUGUAAAGAGAAAAAGUCAUCUUCCAUAUUGAAGGGAAUUUUUGAAUGUCUCAGUGGCCAAAUACAUCCAAACCAUGUAUUUAAGCCAAUAAGAUUUACUGUUGCAAGUAAGCUUUAACUGUGAAAAGCAUCAUAUCCGCGUAUGACUGCCAUCACUUUUGUACUGUAUGUUGUUUGCCGGGAAAUGUAAACCACAGGAUGCAGUCUCUGACCCCAUCCUUAGAGAAUGUUACCAUAGAGGACAUUUCUCCCACAUGGUAAACAAAAGAAAGCAAGGAACGUGAGUGCAGAAGUUGCUUUAGCCAUGAGGGAGCCGAUAGAGCAGGGGCGUAAUGGAAACGACUCAGAGAGGGAGCUGAAUGAAUCAGAUAAGGGAAGCCUCGUGACCUUUCAGCCUUCUCCCUGACUUGUUAAUGAAACAAAAAAAUAAACCUCCAUGCUUGUACUUUGCGUAUGUUGGUUGUCAGAUUGCUUUUCUAAAUUGACUGUAUUUAACCUUGAUGGUGAAUGUACCUUGAUGAUUAAUAGAUUCUGGAAUUUUGUCCAAACUAGAAUGUGAUUUCUCCCUGAAAUAGACUUGAAUAGCAGUCAGGCUGCUUGGUUCUUUGCCUCUGAUCUAGCCACCCCAAGAUCUGGGCUCUUUCUUCCUGGGCUUGUUGAUCCAGCAGAGCUGCUCAUUGGGAUUCUAUUCCUCUCAGCUGGUACCCUCACCAAGCCAGCCUCUGGGUAAGAAACUGCUUGUUUCUACGGUUCUUCAGUGUGACUUCCUCAGGGAAAUAAGGCCCGCAGAAGUAGCCAGCCAGCUGUAGGAGAACACACAGCAGGCACCUAGAGCCCCUCAACUCCUUCCAGAAACAGCAAAGGCUACUGCAGAUAAACCAGGGUAUGUGGGGCCCACAUGGUACAAAGCUCAGGAAGGCUGGGUUUUAAAUUGACAACAGCCUUUAAAACUCUUUGGGGGAAAACAAAAAUAAAAAUAAAUAAAAAAAUUCUUUGGGGGUAGUCGCAUUCAGAGUAAGGGAGGGUUGAAAGGCAGGGAGGGUAUUUUCCUUUUAGAAGCAGAAGGAGCUUCCUAACAGCCUUCCUUCUUUGCUUUGUGCCUGGUUCAGUACUUUCUUAGCAAGUUCUGGGGGAGCUCAGGUCCUGAGAAGGGCUGGGGCCUGUCAGGGCACUAAACAAGCUGUAAAAGCACCCUGGAGGAAAAGGGAGGCUCCUCUGCAUUUCCCUUUCCUGCAGCCCUGCCCUGGUUUUUCAUGAUGUCAUCCAUUCAUCAUUGUGAUCUGAUUGGUGGUCCCAGGCCUUGGCCAGCUGCCCAAGGCCAGAAGGGAAGAGAGAGAUCCCAGGACAAAUGCGCAGCAGGCCCCUGAGCAUGUGCGGAAAUGUUGUCAUCAGUUCCACAUAGAAAGACUUGGAACAAAUCGAAGAAGACAGUCAAAGUCACAAGAUCCUAUCCAACCUUCCCUUCCCUGAAUGCCUGGGAAGAAUUCAGGCGCCUCUUUCCUGUGGAUAGGGAACCAAAUCCUGGAGUGGGCCUGGGUGUGGAGGAGGGACUGCUCUGCCAGAUGGUUCAUUCUCCAGAAUUCAACCUGUUUCCUGAAUCAGUGGUGUUUGAAAGCAACUUUGUCCAGGUCAAAAAGAGCAGGAACUGGAUAGGCAUCUACAAAGCCUCCAACACCAUGGCCCUUGGGGUGACCUCCUCUGUGCCCUGCCUGCCUCUUCCCAACAUCCUCUUCAUGGCCAACGUCAAAUGGCACCAUGGGCAGAGCCAGACAUGGAACCAACCAACUACAGCCCCCAAGAUCAUCCUGAAGAGCCUCGAUUCUGAAGGAGACACUCCUCAUUUUAAUGAAGACAGGGUCGGAUCAGAAGCAAUAUGUGUCUUCCCUCACGCCUUCAGGAUUCUCCCUUUGAAGUUUGUGGAGCUCCAGGUCUGUGACCGCUUUCAACGUGUCCUGCGGUUGAGGACAGUCACGGAGAAGAUCUGCUACCUAAGGCUCCACCCUGACCAUCCUCAGACUGUCUUCCACUUCUGGAUCCGACUGGUUCAAAUUCUGCAGAAGGGCCUGUCCAUCACCACCAAAGACCCUAGGAUUCUCGUCACUCACUGCCUGGUACCCAAGAACAGCUGCAGUCCCUCAGGAGACUCACAGUUAGUGCAGAAGAAACUCCAAGCCUCCCAGCCCAGUGAGAGCCUCGCGCAGCUGAUGGCCAAGGGGGAGAGUGAGGCCCUCUCUCAGAUUUUUGCCGACUUGCACCAGCACAACCAGUUCAGUUCCAGGAGCAGCAGAAAGACAGAGAAAAAAAAGGACAGUCCAGAAAAAAAACGUCCCAGCGAAGACGCCAUCCCUUGCACCCGUGACCUCAGUUGGAGGGAGUCGUUCACCCAUGGAGAGUGGGAAAGAGAGAACCCCACUGGGCUGCAGCCCCUCUCACUCCUCAGCACUCUGGCAGCCUCCACCGGCCCCAGCUGGCACCACUCAUAGGAAGUUCUAUUUGAGCCACACUUUCACACUGGAGAGAAUCUAUGCAGCCCUCGCCAACGCCACUGCAGCAUUCAGCUUUCUGAGGGACUCUGGAUGGAAGGGAGGAGAAAGCUGUAACUAAGGAAAAACUAGAAUAAUCUCACGCUGACAACAUAGCCUUUCCCUGGAGAACCACUUGGGAGCAUGGCUCCUGGAUGAGAAGCAUUAUUCUAGCAUCAUUCCAGUCCAUAACUUCAUGUCCUCACCACUGCACAUCACCACACCUCACCUCCGUUCCAGCACAAGAAGAUGUGCUCUCAGAAGGACCAGGACCAAGAGAUGGAGAGAAGGAAGGAAAGAGAACCAGGACCAGAGGAGAGGUGGAAGAGAACAAAACGGGGGUGAAGAGGAAUGUGGAGGGUGGAAAUCAGAGAAGAAGGAAGAUGCAGAAAAGUGGUGACAGAAAGAAACAGAAGAGAGGACAAGAGAAGUACACCUCUGAGAGAGGCCUCACCGAGCUUCUAUUUAUCUAAUUUAAAACUUGAAAGUAAGGCCAUAUACCAAAAGAGAUACGUGUUUUCUUCUCCGCUCAGAUUCCUCUGGAUAAGGAUGAGGAGACAGAAAUGAAUUCCAGCCAAAGGCUUCUCCUUAAAUGUCCCUUUUUGCCAGUUUCUCUUGUUAGUCCCUCUUUUCUGAUUCAAGCUUUAGACCUUCUUCCUUAGUGCAUUCCCUAACUUGAACUUGCUAGCCUGGCCCUGCUGUUCCAAAUGGCGGUUUGGGUUUGAGGCUGCAGAAAGGUUCCUGCAGGAGGUUGUUAAGACAAGGUCUGUGAAACAGGCGGAGUUUCUCUUUUGUGUUCAAACUUUCAAAGUUUACUAUUGUCUCAGCCCUACAAACACUGGCUCACUUUCUUUUGCAUAUGACACCCCCUUGAAAUGUUGACAUAUCUUGUUAGCGCUUAUUAGAGAUUCCAAGGAGAAGAGACACAGGCUCAAAGCACAGGUAAAUCAGAGGUUCCAGGCUUGAAGUAUAGGUAAAAUCAGGGGUUCACAAAUUAUAGAUCAAGAGAGUCACUAAGGAGGGUCUGCCAGACGGCCCAUGGACUGACCUCUAUUUAAAAUGCACAAUAUUUCACAUUCAAUAAAAACCAGACUAUGAGUAUUUCGGAAAAGCUACCCAACCUUCUAAUUGGAAAGCUUUUUUGGAUGUCUUGCUUUGAUUUAGGAUACCCUAGGAGGGUCUUUUUCUUCACUGAAGUGGUUUUUUUUGAGGGGGGGGGCAGUGACAAAAUAACUUUUUUUUAAACUUUUUAUUUUAU